CUCCCAGUCUCUCUCUCUGCAACCGGAUUUCUUUGACUCCUUUUCUCUUUUACCCAUUCUACCCCUAGUAUUUUCCCAUGUCUUCCACCUCCGGCCUCUCUCCCUUCUUCUUCUUCCUGUUCUUCCUCUUCGUCCUCUCUUUCUCUCCACGCUCCCAAUCAAAACCCCUCUCCUCUCCCUAUCUCUCUCCCUCCACCUUCUUCCCGAACUACCCCCAAAUGCUCCAAAAUCUCAAAAUCUUCAUCUACCCCUCUUCCCAAAUUGCCCCUCCCACUCCCUCUCCUCUCUCCCUCUUCCACUCCUCCCUCCUCAAAUCCCCCUUCCUGACCCCACACCCCCACCUGGCCCACCUCUUCUACCUCCCCCUACCGUCCAAUCCCUCCUCUCGCUCCAUCGCCCAAUCGAUUCGCGAUCUCCGCUUCAGUUCCCCUUUCUGGAACCGUACUCUCGGCGCCGACCACUUCUACCUCUCUUGCGGCGGCAUCGGCAUCGAAUCCGACCGCAAUCUCGUUGAAUUGAAGAAAAACUCGAUCCAAAUCUCGUGCUUUCCGACGAUCGAAGGCCGGUUUAUCCCUCAUAAGGACAUUUCCCUGCCGUUGAUUAGCGAUCGGGAGCUCUCCACGGAAUCUCAACCGUCGAAGAUGGGGGAGUUUCUAGGUUUUUUCUACGGAAAAGAGGAUCGGGAGAUUGCAGCAGUGGUGGAUGAGCUAAGAGAUGAUCCAGAGUUCUUGAUCGAAUCUCAGCCAUUGGAUAGUGGGGGUUUGGCGGAGAGGUUAGAAAGGAGUAGGUUUUGUCUAUUCUUUUACGGGUUUGGACGGGAUUUGCAUAUCGGGCAAGCGCUGAAGUUCGGGUGCGUGCCGGUGGUGAUUUCUGACCGUCCGAUUCUCGAUCUGCCGUUUGGGGAUGUGCUGAGAUGGACGGAGAUUGCGGUGUUUGUAGGCAUGAGAGGAGGUGGGAAGGCGGUGAAGCACGUGCUGGAGCGCACGUGCGGGGAGACGUACGAGACCAUGAAGGAGCUGGGGAAGAUGGCGAGCGUUCAUUUCAUGUGGAAUUCAUCCGACAGAUAUGAUGCAUUUCAUACGCUAAUGUACCAGCUAUGGAUGAGGCGGCAUACGGUGAGAUACGCACGGAGGGAUUGGAUAUAGGGGGGAUUUGCUAUCCCCUGGCGCACGAUAGGGAUUGGCCCUUCUUUUAUCUCCGAGGUCGCCGCUGGAUCUUUUUCUGUCGUCGAGGGUUAAUUUACCAAAAUGUCAUAGCUUUCAGGCAAAAUGACAAAUUACCCCUGUCGGAGUGGUAUUUUGUACGGUGUGGAUGGAAUCUUUUGUACGCCUUUUCUUGACAUAGUAACAUUUCUUCGGUAUUCGUAAAAGGAAAA